AUGUAUGAAGACCUACAAAAUGAUCUUGUUACACCUUUUACACCAUUUUCCUGUUGCUUUGAAAGCCAGGAAGGUACUCUAAACGUAGCUGGUCAUGUUGUAGAGUUUAAAAGUAAAUAUAGUGAUAGAAAAUUUGAUAUCCCAACCGACCGAAUUCGUGUAUUUAAAAGUAAAAAAGAGCCAAAAUUAAAACUUGAUAAACAGCCCAAGGAAGAGGAAGGAAAGGCAACAGAAAAGAAUACAGAAAGUUUUUUGCUAACAUUCACAAAUCCGGACGAUUGCGAAAAAUGUAAAGAGUUGAUCGCAACAUAUAUGACAAGAGCAGAGAAGAGAAAAAAACAAUCUCACGAAGGAAAUAAGCAACUAAAACUACUUGCUAGUGAUGCCUUCCUAAAGAAGGUUUAUGAUGAAAUGGUUGGUGGAGGAAUUAUAAAGAAAGAAGAAUUUUGGGCUCAAAGAAAGUAUUUAAUAUCCUCAUCAGCCUUGACAGCAUCUGAUAGUGGAAAAGGUGGACCUAUCAUUAAGGAACAACGAGAAGGUUUGAAAAAUUACCUUUUUUGUUCUGAUGAUCAUUUUGUUUCAAGUGUAAGAACUGAUCAAGAAACUACAAUUACCCUUUCCAAACGAAAAGUCCAACAAAUUUUUACGGAACACCCUGGUGUUUACCAAUAUUAUAAGAAAGUGGUUCCUACACAAAUGAACGAAAAAGAGUUUUGGGCCAAGUUUAUGAAAUCAUAUUUUUUUAGAACACUUGAUCCAGUGCAUAGUGCUAUGGGAAAUACCACUUCUUCUUAUUCAAAAACUGAUGUGGAUGAUCCAUUAGAACAUUACGAACGAGAAAUGAAUAAGGAGUUUGAUGAAAAAGCAAAAAAUACCCGAGUCAACCCUCUUGUUAAUAUUGCAGCAGAGGAUAUAAGAGAAGGUUACGGAAUAAGACAAGAUGAGUUGAUUCAACCAUCUAAACUAGCGGGAUUCCCUGAAUCUCUUAAAAAUUUGAAUAGAAAAUCUUCUAGAAUAACCCAGUAUGCUUUUAUUAAUGAAAAACCAGGAGAGCAAAGUAGUGCUCCUUCUAAAGAAGUAAUUGAUGAAGAAAAAGUUCUAAAUGAGGAAAGGGAAAAAAUUAAGGAAAUGUUGGAGUAUGAAGAUUUGAAAGAUGAAGCUAAUGUGGAAUAUAUACCUUUGAAAAUACAAGACAAGAAUAGAUAUUUUGAGGGUUUAUUAAAUGAGCAAUCAGCACCAACUGCUGGUACAAUCUCCAAAAAGGUAACCUCCUACCCUCUACGAGAAAUGAGAAAAGCUUUUAAUGAAGAGCUUGCUCACUUGAAACAAAAUCUUGAUCUUGGAUCAGCUGUAAUAGAUCCAAAAUUAGCAACACAGAUAUAUAGGGAAAUAAGUAACCAAAUAAUACAAAGUGGAGAUCGUGAUGAUAAAAAUACAAGUGGAAAUCUUAGUAAAAUAGAUGUGGAGCACAGAUUUAGAGAGGUUUUCGAGCUUGUACACGAACUAUUGAGACAUUUAUGGUCUCUCUUAUCAUUAACUAAAAACGAAUGGAAGUCACACCAUACUGAAAAAUCCGAAAAGAUUAUCCAAAAGUUGAAUGAAAAAAAGGAAAUUCUUAAAACUUUAGGCACUGCACAAACCAAUCAAUGGGUGAAAUCACUUUCUGAAUCGAUUCAAAUUGCUUUGGAACAUUUUAGUAGAAUGAAACAAGGAAACCCAAAUAUUAGUCUACCUCAAACUCCAACUUCUCAAUUCCGUACUGUGGAAGUAACUAAACCAGCAACACCUCAACAAAAUCCUCAAACACCAGCAACACCUCAAACCAACAAACCAACAAUUUCUGUAAACUUGACCAACAAACCAACCACACCCAUGACUAAGAUAAACAUUCCGACACUUUCAAGAACACCCAUGACAAACACACCAUCCACACCUUCUGUUAGAUUCUCCUUGCCUUCCAAAAAGGGAAUUCAAACACCAUCCACACCAUCUAGCAGUGAACCAAGCAACGAACCAGCACAAAAGAAAAUAAAAAUGGACUAA